GCCAAAGGGGCUCAGUGGUUCUUCUUUCACAAGGACUCAGCACAGAGACACACGGGAAGGAGGAUCUGGGAUCAGUUACCCUUAUACAGAGGGGUAUCAUAUAGAGUGGCAAUAGCUUGCAAAGAGAAUCUAAGCAUCUUCCUAUCCCACUGAGCUGGAGAUAUAGCACCACUGCAGCACCCACCAGCAACUCUGGAAUAAGGUCUCUAUAGAACACUGGAUUUCAUGCAGCCAAAUCAUUGUUAGUUCACCCUUUAAGGUCAAGAUGUUGUUAGACAUAAAAUAUAUAUUUUGGAUAUGUUCCACUUUCUACUCUGCCCUUGCAUUCCGUGCAGUUACAUUGGAAAAAAGUCCCCCAGUGAAAGGAUUACUAUCAGGACGGGUAACUUUGCCAUGCUUUUUUUCUACUUUACCUACAUUACCACCAAGCUACAACAUUAAUAAUGAAUUUUUAAGAAUUAAAUGGACAAAAAUUGAACAUAGUAAAGAUGGAAAAGAUCCAAAGGAAACAACUGUCUUAGUAGCCCAAAGUGGUGGUAUAAAAAUUGGUCAAAACUAUAGAGGACGAGUAUCUGUGCCUAGCCAUCCUGAGGAUAUUGGUGAUGCAUCAUUAACCAUGGUUAAACUACGGGCCAGUGAUGCGGGUGUAUAUCGAUGUGAGGUCAUGUUUGGGAUUGAAGAUACUCAAGACACUAUUUCCUUGGACGUAUCUGGGGUUGUAUUUCAUUAUCGUGCCUCAAAGGACAAAUACACCUUGGAUUUUGAGGAUGCCCAAAAAGUUUGCAUAGAUAAUGGUGCCAAAAUUGCUUCCCCUGGACAGCUGAGAGCGGCAUAUGAGGAUGGAUUUGAGCAGUGCGAUGCUGGAUGGCUGUCUGAUCAAUCUGUGAGAUAUCCAAUACGUAAUCCUAGAGCAGGUUGCUUUGGUGAUAAAAUGGGCAAAGAGGGUAUACGUACCUAUGGAAAGCGUCCAUCUGAAGAGAAAUAUGAUGUGUAUUGUUUUAAGGACGAACUAGAUGGUGACUUGUAUCAUUUAAAUGUUCCUAACAAACUGACAUUCCAAGAAGCCAAAGAAGCGUGCGAAAAGAAAGACGCGGUUCUUGCCACUGUUGGAGAUCUAUAUGCCGCAUGGAGAAAAGGCUUUGACCAAUGCAAUUAUGGUUGGCUUGCUGACGGAAGUGUCCGUUACCCUGUGUCUGUGGCUAGGCCUCAGUGUGGAGGAGGUCUUCUAGGAGUCAGAACUAAAUAUCGUUUUAGCAACCAGACAUACUUUCCUCAACCAGAAAGCAAAUAUGAUGCAUACUGCGUUCAAAGUAAAAAGAAUAUUACAGAAUCUGUAUCUGUCAAGCUGGUACUGCCAACAGAAGCUGUGUCUGCCAGUAUUAUAAAGAAACUAGAAGUUCUACCUGAAAAGGUUACAACAAAGCCCAUUUUACCUACAGUGUUUCCAACUGAAAAAGAAGUUAUACAACCUACUACAAAAGCAAGCUUUGUGGAAGAGAAAAAGCAACAGUUGACUGAAAUGCCAACUGUUCUACCAACUGAAUCCCAACCAACAGAAACUCAAACGCUGGAAUUUCAAGAGGUCAGUACAAUAGUUCCAGCACUUUUGUUGCAAGAAGAUAGCACAAAGGAUAUUGUAGAUCCAGAAAGUAUAACCCCUGACAGUCAAACUCCAUCUUCUUUUCACACUGAAAAACCUGAAGAAGGGAUCCAAGUAGACUCAACAAUUUCUCCAGGGCAAACAUCAUUACCAGAACAACAGCCUGUUGAAACAUUUGGCACAGUCACACUAACAAAAGAGGUAUUGCACUUAAGUUCUCAAGCACCAAAAGAAACUAUGGAAGCUAAAAGUGAAGAGAUUAUUUCAACAGUUAUUAUUCCCCAAGGUGUUACUGAUCAUGUAGAUGUUUUUACAGCUUCCCCCACAGAAUAUGGAACAGAUUCAAUAUUACCACCACUGGAAGAUACCAAAACUAUUACUCCAAAAGAUUAUACUACAGUAGAAGAAGAAGUUAAAUCAUCUACUGUGUCUCUUAGCAGAGAAUAUCCUUCAACAAGUCUUGAUGACAGUAGCAUUACAUUUACACUAAAAGAUUCAGAACCAAGUGGAUUAGAAUCUUCCAGCAAACAGCCUGAGGUGGAUGUGGUCACAAUAUCUAAGACAUCUCUUGAUACAAUAAGCAAGUCUCAGGAAACAAGUGUAGGUGUAGAAGAUAGUACUGUCACAUAUGAAAAGCCAUCUACUGUAGUUCCAAGUUAUGAAAUAGUUACAUCAUCAAGAAAGUUAUCUGAUCAAAGCACUACAUUUAUCCAACAAGAACUAGCAACUUCUGUCAUUUCUUUUGAUGUAGAUAUAACUACAAUACAGUCAGAUGUAUCUAAAUAUGCAUCUCAAGAAGUAAGCACUGACAGUAUGAGUAAGGAAAUCGCAUAUGUUGAGUAUACAACAACUACUACUGAAAUACCUACUGACUUCCCUGAAACAUCAGGUGAAGACCCGGAAAAAAAAUCAGAUCCAGUGACAUUGGUUACAACACCAUCAUCAGUUACUGAAUUGAAGGAUAAAACAACACAACUACAUGAACUUCUAACACCUGUUUAUCCAGCAGAAAAUGAAGGUUCAGGAAUGCUGGAAGAAACUACUCAAAUUAGUGUGCAAGACUCUGAAACAGUAGCAACAGUUACUGGACCAAUUUUAUUAGAUGUAACUAGUGAAGGCAAAGCAGGGGAUCCAAUUACUCUGUCCCCAGAAGAUGAAAUCACAGCAUCCUCAAAAGAAUCAGAUCCGACAAAACUAUCAAGUUCCAUUCCACCUGCAAUUCUAAGUACAGAACCACUGAAGGCUGAGGAAAAAGGUAUAACAAAGGAAAUCAAAGACACACAAACUGUGAGCCCCACACAUGUGUCUAUUCAACAUGCAUUAGAUACCAGCUCAACAGCCUAUCAGCAAGAAAGUCAGUCAGCAGAACAGUACAAAAUAUCAGAUAAUGUUACAUCUUCUAAGGAUCUUCUAUUUACAACGGUAAGAGAUUUUGCAGAGUCGUCAACCUCAAAAGACACGUUUAUCCAUACAGCAGUUCAAAAAGAAGAUUUAAUUUCUGAAGGUAGUGGUUUAGACCAAGACACAGCUAUUACAGGAACAGUGAAAACACCAGAAAGUAAAUCAGUAACAGGAAAUGAUGAAGUCUUGACCUUUACAGAAACUCAAAAAAUAUUAAUCUCCACUGCUGUCCCAACAGAAGAAAUUGAUGAAAGUGUUAUUUCAGAGCAAACUUUUCAACUUAUUGAUGGUACAAGCCCUCUAUUCUCUGAUAUUACUCAGCAACCAGAGCUUGUAACUAGUGAUGAUGGAAUGAAAAUACAAACUGCUUUAAUUACAGAAUCCAUUACUACUGAAACCAAACAGCCAUAUUUACCACCAGAGGUAGAAGGGUCUGCUGAUUUUGUAGAUACAGUUGUUCCAACAGAGAAAACACUAACUGUCUCAACUGAAACCACAAAAUUGUCUGCUAAAGAAUAUACUGCAGUAUCUAGUCAGCCAGAGACUGAUGUUACAGUCUCUGUAGUAACAUCUUUAUCAGAAAGCUCUGAGAUAACUACAGCACCAGUAAGUAUAUCUCAUAAAGUUGAUUCCAUUGAAGCUUCUGGUAUAAUUGAGGGAAAAAGGACAGAACCAGAUAUACCUUUAACUACAACAACAGAAAAGGCAUCAACAUUAAGUACUGUUUAUCCUAAAAAGGAAGCUGAUGAGAAGACUACAAUACCUUUAUCUACCAUUGCUACCCAAGGACCACUUUUAAUUAAUGGGGAGCCUGAUGAGGAAACCAGUAAAGGAACAAUAGUGAUUGAUGAAUCUGUUUCCCCAUUGAAAACCACUUCAGAAUUUGACCUGGCAAGUACAAAAGAACCAGAAAUUGAUUCUGAAUAUUUGCCAAGUGAAACUUCUGAAUCUCAAACAACAGAGGCUACAGAAUGUGAAAACAGUACAGAAGUAUCUGAGUCACCAACAGAUUCGAGUGAAGCCUUGGAUAUAUACAACCAUCAGAUUCCAUCAUCAGUUGGGGUUAUUAACGUCAUUGUUGUUCGAAUUCCUGAAAAUGAAACAGGCCCAGUGGAUUUUCCAAGAAUCCCCCCUCAUGGCUCUGAAUCCAGUGAAGGUCAUGAUUAUUUUCAUAUAAUCGAUAUUAUACAUCAAGCUCCAGAUUCUGAUGAGACUCCAGACUGUGAAAACUCUACUGCAGAUGCAACAUCUCCAUCUCUAAAGUUUAUUAAUGGAAAACAAGAGAUUACCACUGCACCUAAGGAUUUAAAAGCAGAAGAAGCAAGAAGAGAUGAAAUUGAAAGUGUUACACCUUCAGAAAAUGCUGUUGUUGCACAAUAUAGUGAAACUUCUGAACAAUCCAUUUUACAAACAGAAGCACCUAGCAUAAUUCAAUCAGAAUCUAAUUUGAUACAUAUUAGCAUACCAGAACCUGAAUUCAGUGGUGACACAGAAUUGGUUACUGAGGAAAAAUCUACUUUAGAGCCUCCAGCAGAUUUCAAUACUUCUUUAACACCAACACAUGCCAUUCUAUCAAAGCCAACAGUAGCACAAAUUAAUGAAUCACUCUCUUUAUUUGCAUUUGAAUCCUCAGGAGAUGCACCAUCUGAUAUCAUUACCAGUCCCACGAGCACCAAACCAAGAACAGUAUCACUUUAUACAGCUGAAACAUCUCCAAUGCAUCAAAUACUGGACACUGUUACAAAUGAUGCAAGUGAAAUAAUUAUAUUGUCAACAACAAAAGCUCCAGUUAAGGAAGAUUACACAACUCUAUCAGUUUCUCAAACAGAAGAUACAGAAGAAAAAACAAGGCCAGCUGCCUUUAUAACACAAGAAAGCUCUGGGGACUUUGGAACAGAUGACAUGCUUACUUUGACAACUACUGUGCAGACACUCAAAGAAAGCAAAGAUUUCCAAACAAGAGCUGUUUUUGAUGCUGUAACCCUUGUUCAUACAGAAUCGACUAAAAUAAAAGUUACUCCAGCUGAGGACAUAAAGUCUGUAUCACCAACUCAAGAGCAGAAAACAGUAGCUACUACACCAAGCAGAGAAGUCCAUAAACCUGAAAUAACAACAGUAGGUGGGGAAAGUACAUUAAGUCCAACCACUAUUUUAGAAUUCAGCACUAAUGGAGAACCAAAAAGACUAGAACAGGUUGAUGUUGAAGAAGGAUCCACAGAUGAAGUCAGUAUUUUGGAACAAUAUUCAACUGUUAGUGGUGCAUUAGAAGUCCAAAGCUCAGGUGAACACAGAUCCAGUAGCGUAUCACAGGCUAUAACAGAUUCUCCUUCUUUUAAAGAUAUAGACACAAAGGAAACUGUGACUUUUACACCAUUCAGCUUAAAAAAAGAAGAAAUAUAUACUACCAAAGCAGGUAUCCUUGACACAAAAAUGUUUGUGCAACAAACAAAUCAGACCGAAUCAAGUAUUAUAACUACAGCUUUACAAGAAUUAGCUACAUCCGGUCCUUUCAGGAUUAUAGCAGGAGAAACAACUUCUGAACUUGGUUCUGGAGAUACUGUAUCAGCUACAGAAACUAUAGAUACUAUUUCAGUUAUUUCCAGAAAGCCUGCCAUAGAUUUCAAGGAAGAAACUGAUAUUUAUUCAACUUAUGUUUCACCAACAAAAUCUACUCUUAAAAAAAACUUUACAGAUUCCAGCAGCAAAAAGGAAGAAAGUACUUCUGAAAAAAUAACUACAACAUUUGCAUCUUAUACAGAUGAAGGCUCAGGAGAUUAUGUUACAGUUGAUGUUACUUCAAAACCUUCUGAACAAUUGAAACCCAAAAUAACUCAAGAGCAAAAAGAAUGGACCACUACUACAAUUGCAUCCAUUGAUGUAUCUACUGGUAAAAGUUUAGACGAUAUUCCACCAGCCUCAGCUGAUGAUGAAGCAGAACAUAUUUUCAGCUCUGGUGAUGAUGAAUCUAUACCUGCUAGUAUUUUAACAACCUCUGUCAGACCUUUAACACAAAAGACAGAAUCACCCACUGAUGUGAAAGUUACUUCACUCCCUGUUUUGCCAGAAGUUGUAUAUAUCAGUAGCACUAAAGCUCCAAUUUUACCAUCAACAACACUAAGGACACCACAGUUAGUUGAUGAAGGCUCAGGAGAAGAAGGUCAUUUAGUUACAUCUACUGUUUUUGGUACUUUAGAAACCCAAACUGAGCUAAAAUCUGAAAAAGAAGAGAAAUCUUUUACAACUGCAUUUCCACCUGUUACUUCACUUCCUGUUUUUCCAGAAUUUGUACAUAUCAGUAGCACUAAAGCUCCACUUUUACCAUCAACAACACUAAGGACACCACAGUUAGUUGAUGAAGGCUCAGGAGAUGAAGGUCAUUUAGUUACAUCUACUGUUUUUGGUACUUUAGAAACCCAAACUGAGCUAAAAUCUGAAAAAGAAGAGAAAUCUUUUGCAACAGCAUUUCCACCUACAGAAUAUACUCAGAGUGCUGAGGCAGCAAAACUUGAAUUACAUACAGGGGAAAGUAUCACUACAAAAACUGUGAUAUUAGAAUCAAAAACUCAUAUCAGCACGGAUAUGCCAGAAAUAUCUAGUCAUGUGUCUUUAGAGCCUGAGAUUGUAACUGUGUAUCCUAGUGACAUAAAAAAGCACACAGAUGUUACAUCUCAACAAAUCGUUAGUACUGUUUCACAAUUUGAUGAUUUUGGUUCAGGACAUCCAGAGGACUUGUUUGUAGAUUUAUCUACCAAAAGUCCUGAAAUAAAGACUGAGAUGCAAACAAAAGAAGAUAGUGAAUUAAUAAGCAGUUUUUCCCCAACUGUAGAGUAUAAGGAAAGCAUGAAAGUAGAAAGUUCAACCACAGAACUCGAAACAUCAAAAAUAAAAACUCAGGAGACAGUUGUUACCACAACCCAUUUUCCAAGACUUAGUGAACAAGUUACACAAUCUUCACUUAAAGACUUAAUCAGCACUGUUUCACAAUUCUCCAUUGAUCAAGGCUCAGGAGACGAAGAUGACUUACUUACUACGAGAACAAAAGAAACAGAGACUAAAUUAGAUGAAACUGUACAUACAGUUACAGAAGAGCCACCUCAAAGCAUCACUGAAACAUUACUAACAGGUGAAGGUUCUGGUGAUCAACAGGAUCUGUUCACUGAUUCUUUACGUAGAACUUCAGCUCCAACAGUUGAUGCACAAACUGUAAAAGAUGUUGAACUAACAACACAAAAAUAUAUUACAGACCGUGUGGAUGUAAAAACAGAAGUAUCCCAGGAGACAGAAGACACCAGCACAGUUCAAAAAAUUAUAACAGAAAUGCCAUCUCAGAAAAUCUCAAGUACCAAAUUACCUCUCUUUGAACAGGGGUCAGGAGAUGAAGGGCCCCAGUUUACUGAUGGCUUUAUUGUAACAUAUACCCCAACAGUUGGGAGAAAAUCUGAAGAACCUAGUAAAGUAACAACUAAAACAUAUUUAAUAGAGGGUGCUGAAGAUGAGAUAAGUACAGCUGAUAGCAUUACAUCCCAGGGUAGCACAAUUCAAGAAGAUAUUACAGAAACACUAGCUAAAAAAAUAAUUAGCACUGAGUCAUCCCUUAUUGAUGAUGGUUCUGGAGCUCAAGAAAGCAUGUUAACUGACCCUUUAAUUAUAACUUUGGCACCAGAAAUUGGCCUAAAGUCUGAACAAACAUCACAAAAAUAUGGAACUGACAGUGUGGAAGCCAGCACUAUUGAAAGACAUAUUACAGAAACACCAUCCCUACAAGUUAGUACCACUGAAACACUUCUUAGUGAACAAGGUUCAGGGGAACAAGCUGACCUGUUUACUGAAUCUUCUAUUUUAACAACUACACCUACAACUAGGUCAAAAUCUGAAAAUGAAGGUGAACAAACAACCAAAGACUAUGUAACAGAGAGCGUAAAAGUUAUAAUAACAGACACAACAAAAGUUGAAAUUAAAGCAGGAGACACAAUUACAGUUCAACCCAGCACCAUAAAAGAAAACAUUACUGAGGAAUCUCUCCAAAUAUUCACAAGUACUGUAUUACCAUUUACUGAUGAAGGAUCAGGGGAUGAAGCAAGUCUCCUCAUUGAUGCUGUAUCUGCUACCUCAAAAGAAGACAAACAGAAUGUCACAGAAUUUGUAGAUGCUACUGAAACAGAAAUACCUAAAACUGAAAUAGUACCAACAGAACUCAGUAUAAUCAUGUCUGGUGUAACUGAAGGUCUGCCACGAAAGGUAGCUAUUACUGAAUUUCCUAUAACUGAUGAUGGUUCAGGAGAUGUGAAAGACUUGUUCACUGAAUCUUUAAUAAGAGCACCAGUUCCAAAAACUGAUAUUCAGUAUACUGAGGGAACAUUAACACCUAAACUUUUUAUUAGCCCAGAUGAGCCACUAACAACUCUCAUCAGCUCUGAUUUACCAUUUGAUGAGCAAGGUUCAGGGGAUAGUCAGUUUACAGUGUCAACUGACAUAACUCCUAUUCCAGAGUCUGAAAUAAAGCAUGGAGGUAUCAGCACCGUUUCCCCAAGAAUAGUUUACACAGAGAGGAUGCAGACAGAAACUGUUGGAAUACCUAGUGACUUUGAAAACUCCACAAAGCAAAUAGAUGAAAUACAACCUAAAAGCACAAGCACCCUUGAAAUAGAAUUAACUACACCAAAGUCUUUGAUAUCAGAGACUACAGAUAUUACAGUUCCUCAAAUAAUUGUAGAUGAUGAAACAGUUAAAACACCUGCAUUAGAAGUUAUAGAAGAAAGCACUGCCAGUAUUACAUGGGUGGAGACAGAAUCAAAAGUCAUAGGUGAAGUAACAUCACCAUUAUCUACUGAAUUUAUUUUGGACUAUAAAUCAAGCACAAAAAUUUCAGAAGAGGUUCAACCAUCAACUAUGGAACCACAUAUAAAGACAUCUACUUUUGCUACUCCUUAUGACAGAGCAGAUCCUCUGGUCACAGAGAAAACAUAUUUUAUUGAAGAAGGAUCAGGAGCCAUGUUAACUGAUAUUAGUUCUACAGUAGUUACAAAAGAGCAAAUUUCCGAAAAAGAUGAGCAAAUAUAUGAAGGGACGACUGUGCCUACAGACCAAGAUAAAGAAGCUGCUAGUACGCUUGAUAUUAAACAGUUUACUGAUGUGCAUACUACAGAUUCAAUAGUGGACACAACUACAGUUUAUAAUUGUAUAACACAGCCAUCAGUAACUGGAUCAUAUGAGCUAUUUUCAGAAGAAGGCUCUGGAGAAGUUUCACUUUCUAAGAGUACAGUUGAAUAUUCUGGUAGUUUGACAUCUACCACACAGGAAACUCACAGUGAUAAACCAUUGUUGUUAAUUGAGGGAACUGAUAAGCCAGAAUCAAAGAGUGAGUUAACAGAGACUGAAAUAAUUUCAGAUGUAACUUCUCCAUCAGAUAUAGAUGCCAAAUUAGUGGGGUCAACAGUUGAAACAAUCAUAGAUACAGCAACAAUCUUAACUGAUGUAUUCACUACAGGUUCAACUGAUAUUCUUGAGAGUUCUGGAGAAGAUUCAGCUACAGAUAUACUUUCUGAAGCCACUAAAAUUUCUAAAGUACAUAUUAUAUCAGACAUUUCUAAGAGUACAGUUGAAUAUUCUGCUAGUUUGACAUCUACCACACAAGAAACUCACAGUGAUAAACCAUUGUUGUUAAUUGAGGGAACUGAUAAGCCAGAAUCAAAAAGUGAGUUAACAGAGACUGAAAUAAUUUCAGAUGUAACUUCUCCAUCAGAUAUAGAUGCCAAAUUAGUGGGGUCAACAGUUGAAACAAUCAUAGAUACAACAACAAUCUUAACUGAUGUAUUCACUACAGGUUCAAUGGAUAUUCUUGAAAGUUCUGGAGAAGAUUCAGCUACAGAUAUACUUUCUGAAGCCACCAUAAUUUCUAAAGUACACAUUCCAUCAGACAUUUCUAAGAGUACAGUUGAAUAUUCUGGUAGUUUGACAUCUACCACACAGGAAACUCGCAGUGAUAAACCAUUGUUGUUAAUUGAGGGAACUGAUAAGCCAGCAUCAAAGAGUGAGUUAACAGAUACUGAAAUAAUUUCAGAUGUAACUUCUCCAUCAGAUAUAGAUGCCAAAUUAGUGAGCUCAACAGAUGAAACAAUCAUAGAUACAACAACAAUCUUAACUGAUUCAUUCACUACAGGUUCAACGGAUAUUCUUGAAAGUUCUGGAGAAGAUUCAGCUACAUAUAUACUUUCUGAAGCCACCAUAAUUUCUAAAGUACAUAUUCCAUCAGACAUUUCUAAGAGUACAGUUGAAUAUUCUGGUAGUUUGACAUCUACCACACAGGAAACUCACAGUGAUAAACCAUUAUUGUUAAUUGAGGGAACUGAUAAGUCAGAAUCAAAGAGUGAGUUAACAGAGACUGAAAUAAUUUCAGAUGUAACUUCUCCAUCAGAUAUAGAUGCCAAAUUAGUGGGGUCAACAGAGGGAACAAUCAUAGAUACAACAACAAUCUUAACUGAUGUAUUCACUACAGGUUCAAUGGAUAUUCUUGAAAGUUCUGGAGAAGAUUCAGCUACAGAUAUAUUUUCUGAAGCCACCAUAAUUUCUAAAGUACAUGUUCCAUCAGACAUUUCUCCAAGCACUUCAGCUUUCCCAACAUUCACAGAGAAAGAAACCGGACAAGGGCCAACUAGUAUACCAAGCAAAGUUCUUACUAGUAGCUCAGUUAUUAUUGCUUAUAAUGAAAUCACACAAAAGACCCCUGUUGAAAAGGUAACCACAGAAAAAGUUCCUAUAUUUGUUGGCAAGGAAUUUGAUGAAACAGCAGUGACAGAUAUAGCAAUUAUUGAAUUACCUAAAACUGAAAGUACUUCUGAUGAGACCAGAAUCAUAGAUAUAGACCAACCUAGCAAAGAAGUUGUAGAUUUAUCAAUGGAAACAGAGACAUAUUUCAAAUCCAGUGUUAGUGUGGGCAUUGAAGAAGUAAAGUAUGCAUCUACACCAUCUAUGUUUUCUGUUAAAGAAUCAACAGGAAGCAUUCGACUGUCAAGCUCCACUGAGUCUGUAACAUCUAAAGACAGUCUUAUAAUUGACUCUAAAAGUGUGCACUAUACAACCAAAUCUUCCUUACCUGCACAGGUAUCUGAGGUGGAUGACUUGGUGUUAUCAGUAUCAUCGACACAUAGUCCAAAAGACUUAAUUGAGAAAACAACAGAGACUUUGGUUGGCACUGAUUAUGUAUCUAAACAAGGUGAAAGUGAAAUUACAACUGCAACUGAAGUCUUAAGGGAGGACAAGAAAAGUACUACAAGUUCACCCAUCCAUGGUCCUGAAGAUCACACUUAUGAAAGUGAGCCAAUAGAAGCUGCUACUGCAGACAUCAGUCCAAAGUCUCUUGUAACUGUUAUCCUUGUCAAUGGGGCUUCUGACUAUACAGGAUUGAUUAAACCUAGUACUUUGCCAUCUGCAGGUUCUGAUUCAGAUUAUGUUGUCUCACAACAGGAAGUUAGUGCAGACAUUACAGCCACUUAUAAGCCAUCAAUUGUUGUUCUGCCCACAACAGAAGCAUCCUUGGAACCUUCAGAUCUUAUUGAAGAUGCUUCAAUGAGUCCAGAGGACAAAGAAGAUGUGACAGAAUUAUCCACACAUUCCCCAGUUUACUCCACUGAACAAAUAAUAGAACAAGUGUCCACAGAUGAGCCAGUUCAAGAGGGUGACACCACUGAGAUUCCUAUAGAUGACAUUCCUGAAAACUCAAUAACUACACCCUCCCCUUCUUUAGAUGAAACGGUUGAAACUCAGACUGCUAUAAUUGUACAAAAAGAACUAUCAACUACAUCUAACAAUAUUGUUAAACCGACUGAUAAACGUGAGGAAGCUUUUAAUGUGGAAGAAGAUCCUAAUGCAGAGAGUGUAACAACAAUCCCUGAGUUUGGGGGAGUAACACAUGGAAGUGAUCUACAAAUUUCAACUAGUAACAAUGUUGAAGGAACUGAACUUCACAUAACAACUCAAGGUCCAUGCAAAGAAAAUCCUUGUCUACAUGGAGGAACCUGUUACCCUCGCGGCUCCUCUUCAUACGUUUGCACAUGUUUGCCUGGUUUUAGUGGAGAGUUAUGUGAAAUGGACAUAGACGAAUGUCAAUCAAAUCCUUGCCGAAAUGGAGCUGCCUGUGUGGAUCAUGAAAAUUCAUUCACUUGUAUUUGCCUUCCUAGUUACUCUGGGUCACUUUGUGAGCAAGACACUGAAAUAUGUGACUAUGGCUGGCAUAAAUUUCAAGGACAUUGCUACAAAUACUUUGCUCACAGACGCACAUGGGAUGCUGCUGAAAGGGAAUGUCGCAUACAGGGAGGUCAUCUGACCAGUAUAAUCUCUCAGGAAGAACAGACAUUUGUUAACCGCUUGGGUCAUGAUUAUCAGUGGAUUGGUCUUAAUGACAAAAUGUUUGAAAACGAUUUCCGCUGGACUGAUGGGAGCACACUGCAAUAUGAAAACUGGAGACCAAACCAACCAGACAGUUUCUUUUCUGCUGGUGAAGAUUGUGUGGUGAUAAUUUGGCAUGAAAAUGGGCAAUGGAAUGAUGUACCAUGUAACUACCAUCUUACUUACACCUGCAAGAAAGGAACAGUUGCUUGUGGACAACCUCCUCUUGUUGAAAAUGCAAAGACUUUUGGAAAAGUAAAACCACGUUAUGAAAUAAACUCCAUGAUUAGGUACCACUGUAAAGACGGGUUUAUUCAGCGUCAUAUGCCAACUAUACGAUGCAGAGGGGAUGGAAGAUGGGAUCUACCUAAAGUUUCAUGUUUAAAAUCUUCAAAUUUCCAAAGGACAUAUUCUAAGAAAUACUACUACAAGUUUGCUCCACCUGAGAUGAGGACUACCAUGAAUUCUCAAAAACAUCACCACCGUUGGAGCAGGACAUGGCAGGAUUCACCUCGUUGAUUAUUUUUAAACGAUCACAAGUGGAUUCCUUAACUGCCAAAGUCCUUCAUCACAGUGCCUUUUACAUCAGUUAUAACAUAUGUUAUAUAUCUGAUCUUGGACCUACUGGAUAUGGCGUCAAAACAUCUUGAAUUUAAAAGUUAGAAUUUAUAGGGAACUAAACCAUUUGUAAGCAUUAUCAUUUCCAGCCUGCUAGAAAGUGUAGUUUUUACCAAUGUGGAACAUUAUAUUGUAUAAUUACAAGCUUACUUUAAUAUUUAAACAGUUGGAAAGUAGCACAGUGAUGUUUGUAAAUAAGAUGAUUUAAAUAUGUUUUCUAAUCAUGUAUAUAAAAUGAAAUAGACAAACUUAAUUGACACAUAUUUAAAAAAAAAAAAAAAAAAGUGCUGUAGCUUAAAUGUCAAAUUUUUUGAUUAAGCUGCCUUUAGUAUAUUGAGGCUUGGAAUAACACAAACAGUGGCAGGGAAAAAAACUAUUGAACACUCUGGAUGAAGAGACUUUUCCAAUGUGCGUCAUAAACAACUUGUGCCAUAUCAUAUUUAAGUAUUACAUUUUAGUACAAAGUAGUGUAUUAGAAAUGCAAUGGGAUCAAGCCUCUUUAUUGACUGCAAAAAGGGAAUUUUCCUGUUCAUCCAACAAAAUGUUUGGGUGACUUAUAUAUAAUUGAAUGUCACAUUUUUUUUAGUUAAUUUGCUGAUGGUACUAUUUUUUAUUGUCAUUGAUAAAAACUCAAAAAUCCCUCCUGUUUGUAUCAGAUUAUAUUUUACAGCUGCAUCACUUUUUUGAUGCAAAAAUUUAAAUGAAGCCUAUAGAAUUAAUUAACAUUUAUAGAUACAUUGUACAUCAUCCAGGCUGUGACAUUUUUUAUUGUGUAUCAUAAACCUCUUAUUUGUUUUCUUUUUUUUAUACAAAGAGGGGAACUCUGUUGAGUGUCUUUUUAAAACACUAACAAUUGUACCGUAAAUGAAAAUUUAAAUUUUUUUUUUGUAAAAAAGUAUAUAUAAUUUUGUACAUAUAAUCAUUUUUAGAUCUUUUUUAAUAAGAUGUUGAAUGUUUAUUGAUGAAUGCGGCAGCUGUGAAGCAUACAAAAUAAAUGUAGAAAGCCAUACUGAUUUAACUUAUUGGAUGCUUGUUUUAGCCCUGUUUUUGAGUUAUAAUUUUCAGUAUUAGUAUGUCAUUUUUGCUUCAGGAACAAGUGGUUUAUAGUAUAGCUUGUGUUUACAAUAAUGCUCAUAAGAGAUGUGGACUAUAAUUCAGAUUUAUAUUAUUCCCCUUAGCAUCCUUAGCAUUUAAUGGAUUUGUGCAAGUUUAAAUUUAUGCAUAAAAACUGUCAUAAUUUGCACCAUUUGUAGACAUCUUUGAUAAUGAAAUCAUUAUCAUGAGAGAAUUUCAGCAAGUUUUAUAUUUUUUUCAUGUUUAUUUUUUUCAGUUAUUUAUAAAUUAUUUCAAUGCAAAAUUACAUGUUAAAAUAAUAAUAAAAAAAUCUAAAUAUCUUUUUUAAAUAAUAUUUUUUUCAGGUAUUGUUUACAAGUGGCAAAAUAAAAUGAAAGAUAAACAUGUUAAUACCAAUGGGGCAACAGUAAUUAAUUGUUAACUAGUUCUAUGAAGUAAAAUAAAUUAUUUUAUUACCAAAUUAAAUAUUGCAUUUUUUUUAAAUAUAAUUUUCCUAAUUCUAAGAACAUUACAUUUGUAUACAUAAUAUUUCUUUAGAUAUUACUUAUAAGUUGCAAAAUGAAAGCUAAACAUAUUUAUUACAAUUGAGCUACAGAAAUGAUGUAUUUGUUAACUAGUUUAGUGAAGUAAAAUUGACCAUUACCAAAUUAAUUAGUAAAAUCAUUUUAAAUGAUAAUUCUCUAGACAUAACAUUUCUAAAAAAAUAAUAUUUUUGGUAUUAAUUCAAGCGGUCAAUGUGGAAGAUAAGUAUAUUUAUUAAAGUAAUUAAUUAUUUGUUAACUAGUUCCAUGAGGUAAAACAGAUAUGGCUUUUCAUCCAACCUUCUUAAUUACUAACCUUGAGUGAAUGAUGCAUUCCUUUAACUGCUGCACCUUGUGUAUUCAUUCUUUGUACUUGACAGCAAUGCACCAGUGUUGACCUGUAUGUUUUUUCUACUAUUACAAUGCACAUAAUACUUUUUUUCGCCUGUAUUUAUAUUAUAACUUGUAUAGUAUCUAAUGUGAAUGUUUGGGUAUUUGUGAAUGAAAGUGUAAAAUCUUUGAAACUUUUAUAUCGGCUUCUGUUUCACCAAAGAAACUGUUUUGUUCGCUA